AUGCCUACCGUUUCGGUGGAUAAAGCUGCUCUCUUCAAAGAGCUUGGGCGGGAUUACACUACAGAAGAGUUCGACGAGCUAUGUUUCGAGUUUGGAAUUGAGCUCGACGAAGAUACCACCAACCAAGAACGACCCGACAAUGAACCCCCGCAACUCAAGAUUGACAUACCCGCCAACAGAUAUGAUCUGCUUUGCUUCGAGGGUAUUGCAUUGAUGCUCAACGUUUUCUUGGGUCGUAAGCCAUUCCCCAACUAUCGAUUAGUGCAACCUGCAAGCGGACAACUGGAGAAAAUUAUUGUCAAGGAAGAUACAACCAAAAUAAGACCUUACGUAUCGGGUGCCAUUUUGCGGAAUGUGACUUUCGACGAAGCUAGAUACCAAUCUUUCAUUGGUUUGCAAGACAAGUUACAUCAAAAUAUUGCUCGUCAACGGACGCUCGUCUCUAUCGGUACUCACGAUCUAGACACCAUCAAAGGCCCGUUCACGUACGAAGCUCUCCCACCGAAGGAUAUCCGUUUCACUCCCUUGAACCAGACAAAGGAAAUGAAUGGCGAGGAACUCAUGGCUUUCUACGAUAAAGAUAGACAUCUGGGCCGAUACCUCCACAUUAUCCGGGAUUCGCCUGUGUAUCCCGUGAUUUAUGAUUCGAAUCGCGUUGUCUGCUCUCUACCCCCUAUUAUCAACGGAGAUCAUUCCAAGAUCACAUUGGACACAAAGAAUGUCUUCAUUGAGAUUACUGCCCUGGAUAAGACGAAAUUGGAGAUUGUCAACAAGAUUAUGGUCACCAUGUUCUCUCUGUACACUUCCGAACCUUUCACGAUCGAGCCCGUUGAAAUUAUCUCGGAGCACAAUGGUGAAACCAGAGUGACGCCUGAUAUCUCAGCGCGCACUACACAAGCCGAGCUUUCGUACAUCAAUCAAUGCUGUGACCUGAACCUAUCCGCUGAAGAGGUAUCUAAACUAUUGACGAAAAUGGCGUACAAAGCGCGUCCUUCGAAGACAUCCAGCAAUCUCAUUGACGUCGAUAUCCCUCCAACCAGGGCGGAUAUUCUACAUCAAGUGGACAUCAUGGAAGAUGUUGCUAUUGCAUAUGGAUUUAAUGAGCUGCCACGCAGCUUCCCCAGCAAGUCAGGCACUAUUGCUCAGCCUCUACCAGUCAACAAACUUACGGAUAUCAUUCGUUUGGAGGCGGCAAUGGCUGGCUGGUCUGAAGUGCUGCCGUUGAUCCUAUGCUCACACGACGAGAACUUUGCAUGGCUGAAUCGCAAGGACAAUGGCAACACCGCAGUUAAGCUUGCUAACCCUAAGACACUUGAAUUUCAGGUUGUCCGAACCAGCUUGCUUCCAGGUCUAUUGAAGACCCUCAAGGAGAAUAGGUAUCAUACCGUUCCCAUGAAGAUUUUCGAGGUCAGCGAUGUGGCUUUCAAAGACUUGUCUCUUGAGCGUAAAAGCCGAAAUGAGAGACAUUUCGCUGCAGCCUGGUACGGCAAGACCAGCGGCUUCGAAGUUGUACAUGGCUUAUUGGAUCGUGUGAUGGCUAUGCUGAAGAGUGCAUUCAUUACUGGCGAGGAAGGGUUAGAGAACACAGCUGUGAGUGAGUCUCGCUACUGGAUCGAAGAACUAGAUGAUCCCACUUAUUUCCCUGGCCACGCCGCCUCAGUCCACGUCAACAUUGGCGGAAAGGAACAGGUCAUUGGUUCUUUCGGUAUUCUUCAUCCCACCGUCUUGGAAAAUUACGAGCUCAAACUACCUGUGAGCACCCUUGAGAUAAACAUUGAGGCUUUCUUGUAACGCAUGGAUGUUAUCGGGUAUAACUGAAAAGAAAAGGGAUUAAAAGCAGAAAUCUAGAUGAUGAA